AUGUUACGAGUGUUGCUGCUUAUUCUCUCUGUAGUUGCUGUUGGUCAUGCUGAGCUCUGCAAGCCAGAUGCACAGAAUGCUUUCAAAGUACGACUUAGCAUCAAAACAGCUUUGGGAGAUAAUGCAUAUGCCUGGGAUGCUAAUGAAGAGUACCUCUUCAAAGCAAUGGUGGCUUUUGCAAUGAGAAGAUAUUCCAGCAAGAGCGCAACUCAAAUUUCCAAUGUGCUGCUCUGCAAUGUGACAGAUCGGGUGUCAUUUUGGUUUGUGGUCACAGAUUCUUCCAAAAAUAUGACAGCUGUUCCUGGAAGUGAGGUAGAGGCAGCCAUCAGGAUGAACCGGAACAGAAUCAACCUUAUCGUAUUUGGUGUUGUUCUUUGUCUCAUUGUGGCUGAACUCAUUUUCCUCAUUGUUGCAGGGAUUCAGCAACGCAAGAAAAAGAAUAAAGAGUCAACAGAGAGAGAAAAUUUAGAAGAGAAAGGUGAAGUGACAGUAACAGUAGAAAAUGGGAUUCCUUGCGAAGCGCUGGAUUUAAAAGCAGGCCACGUUAAUGGAGUCUUUGCAGCAGAUGAUGAACGGUUCACAUCCUUGUGA